AUGGAUUCCGCUGCGGCCGUUUGCCGCAGUGGAGCGGAGGAUCCUCGGCUCCUCGGCCGCCAGUCCAUCAGUGGACAGCAGCAAAUACAGCAGAAGCUCCGACUGGAGGACCCGCCGUGCUUUGCAAGCCAGACCCCUGCUCUACCGCAUAAGCAGCCCCUGCGCCCUGGGAGGGCGAAAGUGCUACAAGAAGUGAAGGUGCGAGAUGCCAAGUCCAAAGAAGCGGAGGUCGUGGGCAUUCUGCGCCCAGGCAGCUACGUCAAGGUGGAGGAGAUUCGUCACAAAGCUGCAAGGGUGGAGUACAUGACCACAGGCCUGAAUCUUCAGGGCUGGAUCGUGUUGAGCAAAAAUUCUCAGCCUGUCCUCCGUGAAGAUCCGUUUGACAUCAGACCGGCCACAAGCUGGGCUUUGCAAAGAGUCCGCGAGGCGGGGCGGAAGCGUCACUGCCGGGAUGCCUUCCGCAAAACUCAGCAGAACCCUUGCGACCGGCCUUUCCAGAAAGCCCACCGACUGACGUCCAAGCACAGUUGCGCACAGGCAGCUCUUCCCAGCAGCAAUCCGUCAACGCGCCGGUGGGCGACUACCGAGACUUGCCUGCUGCGGCAUGGCGCAAGCCGCCACUCCCACGACGCAGAGUCGUUAAACUGCUAUGCGGGCGAUCAUCGCAGUCUGCCUGCUGCGGCAUGGCGUGAGAUCCACAGGCAGUUUGAAACUUCUGGCAGCGCGUGUGUGGGAGAUCAUCGCGUGCUUCCGGUUGCAGCAUGGAGCAGGAUCCACAGGCAAUUCGAAUGUUCUGGCAGCGCCUGUGCGGGAGAUCAUCGCGUGCUUCCGGUUGCAGCAUGGAGCAGGAUCCACAAGCAAUUCGAAUGUUCUGGCAGCGCCUGUGUGGGAGAUCAUCGUACCUUGCCCGUUGCAGCGUGGUACAAAAUCCACAAGCAAUUCGAAAGUUCUGGCAGCGCCUGUGUGGGAGAUCAUCGUACCUUGCCCUUUGCAGCGUGGUACAAAAUCCACGAGCAAUUCGAAAGUUCUGGCAGCACCUGUGUGGGAGAUCGUCGUACCUUGCCCGUUGCAGCGUGGUACAAAAUCCACAAGCAAUUCGAAAGUUCUGGCAGCGCCUGUGUGGGAGAUCAUCGUACCUUGCCCGUUGCAGCAUGGUACAAAAUCCACAAGCAAAUCGAAAGUUCUGGCAGCGCCUGUGUGGGAGAUCAUCGUACCUUGCCCGUUGCAGCGUGGUGCAAAAUCCACAAGCAAUUCGAAAGUUCUGGCAGCGCCUGUGUGGGAGAUCAUCGUACCUUGCCCGUUGCAGCGUGGUGCAAAAUCCACAAGCAAUUCGAAAGUUCUGGCAGCGCCUGUGUGGGAGAUCAUCGUACCUUGCCCGUUGCAGCGUGGUACAAAAUCCACAAGCAAUUCGAAAGUUCUGGCAGCGCCUGUGUGGGAGAUCAUCGUACCUUGCCCGAUGCAGCGUGGCACAAAAUCCACAAGCAAUUCGAAAGUUCUGGCAGCGCCUGUGUGGGAGAUCAUCGUACCUUGCCCGUUGCAGCGUGGUGCAAAAUCCACAAGCAAUUCGAAAGUUCUGGCAGCGCCUGUGUGGGAGAUCAUCGUACCUUGCCCGUUGCAGCGUGGUACAAAAUCCACAAGCAAUUCGAAAGUUCUGGCAGCGCCUGUGUGGGAGAUCAUCGUACCUUGCCCGUUGCAGCGUGGUACAAAAUCCACAAGCAAAUCGAAAGUUCUGGCAGCGCCUGUGUGGGAGAUCAUCGUACCGUGCCAGUUGCAGCGUGGUCCAACAUCCACAAGCAAUUCGAAAGUUCUGGCAGCGCCUGUGUGGGAGAUCAUCGUACCUUGCCCAUUGCAGCGUGGUCCAACAUCCACAAGCAAUUCGAAAGUUCUGGCAGCGCCUGUGUAGGAGGUCAUCAUACCUUGCCCAUUGCAGCGUGGUGCAAAAUCCACAAGCAAUUCGAAAGUUCUGGCAGCGCCUGUGUAGGAGAUCAUCGUACCUUGCCCGUUGCAGCGUGGUGCAAAAUCCACAAGCAAUUCGAAUGUUCUGGCAGCGCCUGUGUGGGAGAUCAUCGUACCUUGCCCGUUGCAGCGUGGUACAAAAUCCACAAGCAAUUCGAAAGUUCUGGCAGCGCCUGUGUGGGAGAAAAUCGUACCUUGCCCGUUGCAGCGUGGUGCAAAAUCCACAAGCAAUUCGAAAGUUCUGGCAGCGCCUGUGUGGGAGAUCAUCGUACCUUGCCUGUUGCAGCGUGGUACCAAAUCCACAGGCAGUUUGAUGUCGCUUGCGGCAGACCCCCGGCACUAGCCAGUUUGAGUUGGUGGGCGGCCUUUUGUAAUGCCGCCACCGAGUCUCUGUGCUGCAGCCGGUUGAGCCAUCUGCGUGCAGUCGUUUUUGGUCAGGAGUAG